ACAUUGAGCCGGCAUUGGAUCACGACGUUUAAACAACCCGGCACACAGCAGCUGCGCUGCAGCGACAAGCAAGCGGUUGUUGGGGCUUCCUGUCCCAGCGCCAUGGGGUCCGCGCAGGUCCUUCUCUGCCUCGCCGGCGUGCUUGCUGCUGCUGCUGCGGCCGCUCCGGCCCAGCACUCGCAGUGCCUCAGCAACCCGCCGGACCUGUCUCUGACCGGCGGCGAGGCCGGCGAGGUCGUCAGCGACCUUCCCGGGGGGUUCAGAGCCUAUGUCACCGGCCCGGCCAAGUCCCGCCGCGCCGUCGUCCUCGCCUCCGACGUUUUCGGUUUCGAGGCGCCUAUACUCAGAAAGAUAGCAGAUAAAGUUGGUGAGGCAGGAUACUUCGUCUUGGUCCCUGAUUUCUUCAAUGGUGAUUUUUACGACGCAAGUAAAAACAUUUCAGAGUGGAUCAAGUCUCAUUCCCCGAUAAAAGCUGCUGAAGACGCCAAGCCACUCUUUGCUGCUUUAAGAAAGGAAAGAAAGUCCAUUGCUGUUGGAGGUUAUUGCUGGGGUGGAAAAUUUGGCGCCGAGGUGGCAAAAACUGAUGAUAUCAAAGUAGUUUGCCUUUCUCAUCCUUCAACGGUGACUGCUGAUGAUAUGAAAGAGGUCAAAUGCCCAAUUGAGAUCCUUGGAGCUCAGAAUGACACAUCGACGCCACCUAAACUAGUGUACCAGUUUGUGAACGUCUUGCGUCAAAGAACAGGGAUUCCAUACUUCGCCAAGAUCUUUCCAGGAGUUGCGCAUGGAUUUGCAUGCAGAUAUAAUACAACCGACCCUUUUGCCGUUAGAACUGCUGAAGAAGCUCUUGCUUACAUGCUUGACUGGUUCAAGAAAUACUUGAAGUGAAGACUGCUUGAAGGUUAUUCAUAUUGAUUUAGAUAUAAUAAUAUUUCUUGCCGAUCGCAUUGUAAACUUGCAUGUUGCCAUUGAAUGAAUAUUAUUGGAUAUGUUUUAUUCGUUUGAAGGUAUGAUGUACUGUUGGUCUCUUUUACCUUGAGACCAUGCUAAUUUAUCUGGAAUAUAUUUUUUUAAUGAGAGAA